AUUCUAAAUCCCAGUCGAAAUGAAAACUGCGCUGUCAAACUGCUGAAGUGACAGCUUAUUGCUUACAAUAUAUGGCAAACUAAUUGGUAUACCAUAUAUUGUAAGCAAUAUGGAGUCUCCACAGGCAAUAGGCACGGCAAUACAGUUAGUAAGACAUAGAUUUUAUCCUGUCGAGAUGCCCCGUAAUGUAUCUUCGUUAGUCUCUACGUAUAUCGAUAGAGUUUUCCAAAUGCCCGCAAAUUCAAACAGAUUUUAAAUAUUGUUGUGGCUAUGGAUAAUAUUAAAAGUACUGACAUUACUUAUUCACAGCUUUCAUCUUUGGAUGUGGAAUUUAUUUCCAAAAAUAUAUCUAAAGAAUACGCCUUCAGUAUUAUUUCCAAAGCAAUUGAAUGCAGCGACAUCACUGCUGGUGACGUACUAAAUCUGUGGGUGAAAAAGUUGCAAAAGAUUUAUAGUUAUGAACAUUUUUGUCGGACCGAUUGGGGUAUUUUAACGCUUUGCUGCCAAAAUUAUUUCGAAAAAAUGGCGCUCGAAAUGACUUGUGUUGUUGAUGAUAAAACAUAUAACCAACUUAGUUGUUGGCUAAAAGAAUCUUCGGAGUUUCUCAAAUCUAUUCAUAUUUCUGAUCAAAAAUUUAAUGUGACUGGAAUGUGCGUGUUUUUUGACACUAUUUUGGAUUUAACCCAAAAAUCCUGCCAAUUUUUUGAAAUGAAUGGCAAAAAGUCUGAUUUAACUUCACAAAUAGGAUGGAUAAAUUUUCUGCAUAACAUAUCACAUAAGUUAUUAUGGGAUUGCCUUGAAAUUCAUGGACAAAUAAGUGAUACGGAAUAUUGCGCUAUUUUUCACUAUAUUAAAGCUUUAUGUACCGGUGUUGCAAAUGAUAAAUUUAUAGAAAUUAAAAUCAAGAUAGAAGCUUGGAAAUUUGUUGCGAAAUUUACUUUGAAAUACGGUGCUUAUGGAAAACAUUAUAAUGAGCAACUAGAAGAAAAAUUACCUAUUCGUAUUUUACUCCGACAAGCGGAAAAUAGUUUACUGAUGAUUUAUAAGAAGGAACUUGGAGAGGAUGACAAAUAUGUGGAUCAGUAUUUGCGAAUUACUGCAUUUUAUUUGGAAAUAUUAUAUAGAAUUACAACAGUUUAUAAGCCAUCGGAAUUUCCUGAAUUUAAAAUGUUUUUUGAAGUUUUACUCCUUUCCAUGUCUUUUAACGAAUAUUUUAGGCCGCCUAGUUUUCUGCGAGGGAGCAGCAUUUUCACUUGCAUCGAGAAGCAUGUCUUCCCUGGUUUAUCCAAUAUACUAUUAUUGUUAUAUAAAAAUUAUGAAUUUCAAAAGUUGAUAGCAAAUCAUAUUGGAGGAAGCGACUACUGUUACGAGUUCAUUGUAACUUAUAUUCGUUGUUGUAUCACCAAUAAAGAAGAUGAUUACUUUGAAAGAAGUGCCGAACUGAAUUUCGAAAUUUUUAAACGGUUAUUUCAAAGACCUGACAUAUUCGUGAAUUCAGUUCGUUUUGAUGAAAUAAUGGAUAUGUAUGCUACUUUGGUUCUUUUGGAUUCUUCCGGGACUUUGUUAAGCAACAUGCAGCAAUAUGUUAUUAAAGGAAACUCAGCGUUAUCCUUUGCAUGUACAGAUGUGUUGAUAUUAGUAUCAAGCUGUAAGGAAAGGCGAGCUUAUGAGCUUAAAGAUGGUCUUCAGCUCUGGGUGGAAACAAACAAUCGUUUCGCUCAAUUUUCCUCAAAUUACCGGCGCCUUAAUGUUGAACGACUUAUAGAGCAUUAUAUAACAUUAUGCUCUGGAUUAGAUUUGGAAGAAAAUAUCGAACAUCAAUUUCAUCAUUCCAUUAACUUACAAAAUAAUUACAGCAUAUUUCAUUGCAUAAACAAUGGCAGCAAUACAUUGGAUAUGAAAAUGUUGAGCUCGAAAGCUAUUAGCAAACUUAGCAGAUUGAUUGAAAUUUUUGAUCGCAAUGCGAUGAGUUUAAAGGACUAUUAUAAACUUGUUUCGCACAUGUACAAGCUUGUGAAAUAUAAAGCAGAAGUCCCUAAUUGCUUACAACAAAAAAUUGCGGAGCUACUUACAAAUUGCGGAGCGAAACCAUCUUUCCAAAGACUGAUGAGUGCUGGAUUAUUACUAAUGGCGAAUAACCAUACAAAUGAAGAAACAGAAUUGAAAAUUAUUACGUUUAUUGAAAAAAAUUUUCAAAAUGGAAUGUACUUCCCGAUGCUGUCGUUUUGGUUAAUUAUUCAAUGCUUCCGUAAGCAGAAAGCUAAUUCGAUUGUUCGAAAUAUUGCCGAAGCUAUUUACAACCAAGUAGAAAUACCUGAUAUAAUUCAAGUUAGCACAUUUGAAAAAGUACCUAAAUCAUCGGUUAAUUGUGCAGCUGAUUUUGAGUUUUACGCCAACAUUGAAAAUAAUGUAGAAAGCGCGAUAAGGCCCACACAUGUUCUUCGUAAACGUCCACGAAAUGACAUAACCUUCGACGGAAAUGAAAUCGGCGACACUAUACAAAAUAUCAAGCAGUUGUUGCAGAAAAUUACCAUGUUUUCUCAAAAACUUACAGAAAAUGAUUAUGCAAAAUUAAAUAAAUUAUGUAAGGAUAUUAAAGUAAUCACUGAUCGUCACUAUUAAUACCCAAAGUAUUAACUUAUUAAACCAUAGAAUGUGUAACAUUAA